AUGCUUCGGCACCAACCCAUUGACCGACCUCUGCCGUCGCGUCUCCUCUUCUCUCGCGUGCUCCCCUUGCUGGAGCUGUACAGACAGCUGAACCGGCAGGCGCCGCUUCCCCUCAACGACGAACCUGCGAGUGUCGGUGCAUCUCCGGCUCAAACUGGACAACAAAAAAGGUCAGCGCAUGCUUCUCUCGCAGCCUCGGCUGCGUCAUGUGCUCUUCCGUCUUCCUGCGCGUAUUCUCGGCUGGUCCAUUCGUCUCAGUCUCACGAGCACGUAGAGGAGGCGGGAGUAGCGUCGCCGCACGAACGGCGUGAAGACGAAGAGAGACCGGAAGCGGUCACAGAGGCGAAGCACAAGGUUUCGCAGCAUUCCCAGUGGCAAGGAGAGGACGGGGCUAUGAAGGGAAAUGCAGACGGAAAAAGGCUGUACGCAGGAAACGAGAAGAUGCGGUGCCUGGCAGAAGACAAAAACGAAGACGCAACGAAGCCAGAGGAGACUAGAACAAGAAAAGGAGAGGAAGUGAGGCCCGCAAAGGACAGAGAGCAAGGAGAGAGGCCAGGCAAAGGAUUGAAGGCGAGACGUGUUGGAAGAGGCGCAGAAGAACACGUGCGAGAUCAACUCAGGAAUCUCCGCAGUUUAUGGCGUCGACUGGUUUGGCAGUUCAUCCUCCAGAGACAGCAACUGACUGGCGGCGAUCUGCACUUUCUCGCCAGCGCCCUCGCGAAAUACAAACAUUACGAUCCACUUCUUCUCGCUCUCCUGCUUCAUCGAGCUGUGGAGUUAAGCGACUCCAUGCCAUUCCACGAUCUUGCGGGCCUUGUUGGGUGCUGUGCACGUAUUGGCCUUUUAACUGCCCCGCCUCCGGCGCACACCCCCGCGGAGUCUCUCUGUCCUUCUCUCUCUUCCUCUCUCUCUUCUCCUCCGUUGUCUCCUCCGUUGUCUCCUCCGUUGUCUCCUCUGGCUCUCUGUCCGCUGUCGUUGGGGUUUGACGCUUUCCUCUCUCGCCUUCUUGCGCCGGAGAGAGAAGCCACAUCCGUUUUGGAUUUGGAAUCCGAGCUCCGAGGAGACGGAGCAGAAGUGCAGUCGGCGACUUGGCCUGCCGCCGGGGCGAGCCGACCCCUCGACGUGUCCCUUUUCUGCGGAUCCAUGAUCGCUCGUGGCCCAGGAGAAGGACGAGCGGGAGAACCAAACCAAGGCGACGCUGACGAGAGAGAUGUCGAGGGGGUUGGGCACCGAUGUGCCCCGAGCGAGAACGUCGAGGCGGGCGCCGUCGAUGUCUCUCAGGGAGAACAGGGAAGAAUAAAGGCCUUUCACACCGGAGCGACAGACACCGCACAAGAGACAGAAGGCACAGACACGAUACCCCGUGAUCCGCCUCUUGCCGCCUCGAGCGAAGGACAAGACGCCUCUCGGCGUGCAGCGCUGUUUGUGGGAAGAACGGCACCGCCCGCGAAAAUCAGAGAAAGAAUGCCUUCUUUUUCAGCGCGCGAAAGCUUCAGUCGAAGCGGUCCUCUGGAAAGGCACGACAGCGAUGCUUCCCUGCAUUCCGGUGCGCAGCUUGCAGACCCGCGUGACGGUCCCGUCUUCCUCUGCUCUUCACGGACGGAGAGCAAGCAGGAAGUCUACGCUCGCGUGUACGCGCAACUCCAGACUCGCGCGAGAGAUCUCCUGAAGCUCACAGCCGAGCGUCUUCCCUUCGAGUUGGUGCACGGCGCCGCCACUGGCCAGGACGUUGGCUUUGUGUGCGAAGGCCUCGCCGCCGCACGUCUCCACAACGACGACGUAGCCGAGAUGAUUCUCAUGGCGGCCUUCCCCGACCUGCAGAAAGCCGACGCUCUUGCAGCUUCGCCGUUUUGGCGCUUUCUUGCGUCUUGCAUGAGCCAGGCGACUCAAGGGCAGCUGGAGAGGCGAGGCGAGGCCGGCGCGGAGGAGCGUGGAGACCAGAAGGCGACGCCGAUGAGAGAGGCAGAGGAAGAGAAAGAGGAUGGAGCCAACGAGCAGGAGGUGGAACAGACCCUGACGCACACCGCAAAACGCUCUGGCGGUUGCGACACGCCGCCCUCAGCCCGCGGGAGAAGGAGACGGGGUGCACGCCGAAGUCUGGCCCAAGCCUCCAUUGAUUCGGGUGUCUCUUCGGAAUUUCGUGCCUCUCCCUCUUCUUCGAGUUCUUUGCCGACUCCCUCGUCUUCGUCUCUCGCUCCUUCCGCGUGUUCUUCGCUCCUUCCUCCGGUCGUGCUCUCGCCGAUGAAUCUCGCCUCGGUCAUCUCGUGGGUGGGAACCCUGGGGGGACAAGACAACCUGAGUUCCCGGAACGACAAACACAAAACAGUCAUUGACGUUCCAGGCCAUGCUGGGAUGUCUGACCUCUCUUCUCGUCCCUAUUCUCCCUUUCCUUCUUCUCCUUCAUUCUCUUCUCCUUCUUCUCCUUCAUUCUCUUCUCCUUCUUCUCCUUCAUUCUCUUCUCCUUCUUCUCCUUUCUCUCCGUCUUCUUCUGUGUGUCCUUCGUCCACUUCUGCGUCGCCUGCUUCCUCUUCGUCCAUUGCGUCUGCUCGUCCUCCGGGUGUCCAGGGAGGCAGUGUGUACAGGCGUGUCGAUGUGUGGCAAGCGAUGAGCCGGUCACUGCUGAAGAAUGUUGCAGUUCUGGAGCCGUUCGCGAUCGUCAAAGUUUGCGGCGCCUUCGAGGCUUCGCUCGUCAGGGACGUGCGAUUGAUGGGGGUUCUUGCGCCUCGUCUCCUCCCGGAGAUCGACGGCCUUCCUCUGUCUUCUCUAGCUUCUCUGCUCUCUUCGCUUUCCAUGCUGGGCACGCCCCACCCGCCUCUUCUUUUGGGGGUUUGCCGCGCGAUUUCCCGGCGCGUCUUUCUCGACAUUCCCGCCUCUGUUCUUUCGCCUCCACCCGAAGAUGCGGGACGAGCGCGGAACUGGCGCGUCAGACGGCAAGAAGUGCAGCCUUUCCUGAACGUACUCUGCCGCCUCCUCGGGGCCUUGCCGGAUGCGAAGCAGGUGUACGUACAGGCGAUCCAGCAUGCGUCUGAGGCAGCGCACAAGGCAGAGCCGCACGGCGGCGCUUCUGCGGCUGAUGGUUUUCCGGCUUCUGGCGACCAAGACACUCCCGCUGCGAGCAUAAAAGGGACACAAAAACAAACGCGCGACAUCGGACGGAAAGCAGCUGCUCAGGUUCUCUCGACUUUCUACCUUCUUCUCGGGCGCGCCGCAGUCUUCAUCGACGCAUGCACUCCAGAUGAGGUUCUUCUUGUUCUUCGAGCUCAACGCAUGCAGCACCUGUACCACGCAGCGCUCAUGCUUUCUCGCCUUCUGAGAAACGAAGCGGCGCUCUUGUCACGCGCAAGGGGUGGGACGCAGAGCGCCGGCGAGUGGUUCAGUCCCAGUCGCUUCGACGCAGAGGACGGUCAAGGGCGACGCGAAGCUGAGGACGUCGAAGGGCAAUGGCUGCAUGUCACAAGGACUCAAGAAACUGUCUUUCGGGCAGUCCUCCAGCGCUAUUUGACUCCGUCCCCUGCCGUCGCUCUACAUCCGAGACACGGCCCCUCCCUGUCUCCUACAUACCUCCAGGGCGACAACCAACUGUCUCCCCACCACUCUUCUCUUUCCUCUGCUCCUUCUUCUCCUCUUUCGUCUUCUCUUUCUUCUCCUCUUUCUUCUCCUCUUUCUUCUCCUCUUUCUUCUCCUCUUUCUUCUGCUCCUUCUUCUUCUCCUUCUUCCUCUCUUUCUUCUUCUCUGUCUUCUUCUCUGUCUUCUCUGUCUUCGUCGCAGUCGUGGAUUUCCGAUUCUGAGUCUCCGCGGAUUCUUUUUCCUCCGGCGUCGGCAUCCCGACCGGAGACACCGGUCGCUGUCCAAAAUGCGAACCAGUCUUCUCGCUCUCCGACUCAGAGUGCCUCGCCCCUCCCCUUUCUUUUGCACCUGCUGAUGCUCCCGCUUCCUCACCUUCGCCUUCUUCUCCAGUCUGCUGCACGUCUCCUCUCGCGCCUGGCCACCGUCGAGUGCCCCGCUGGCUCUCGGCUUAUACCCGGAGAAGCAGGAGCAGAAGCGCGCGAGCAAGACGUCAAGCAAGAGGAAGGCGAGAAGAGGACAGCAGAGGAAUCGAAAGGACGGCAAGGCGAAGCCGAAACGAAAGAAGGGCAAGCCAAAGGAGAGGAAGUCAAGGAAGCGGCGGAUCUGGGGCGGGAAGCGGAGGGAGGACGGGGAGUGAAGUCUCUCGAAGGACGAGAAAAAGAAGAUGGAACGGAAGGGAGAGGAGACAGAAGACACGAGAGGGAAGAAGCGGACUGUGUCGGCUUGAGGGCAGCUGAGAGCGCAGGUUUUCUCCGCUCCACACAGGAGGGCGAGAUCGACGCGCGUGUGCUUUUCCAAGUUGCGCAGGUGAGGCUGGCCGUCGUUGCGGCGUCUUUGCUUCUCGCCUCUCUACCUCCAAGCGCCUGCAGGCCCCUGAGGGAGGCGACAGUCCACGACAACAAAGCGGAACGAGCCGCUGGAAAGCAACGAGAAGAAAGGCAAGGAGAAGAAGUUAGGCAACGAGAAGUUAGGCCAGGAGAAGAAGUUAGGCCAGGAGAAGAAGUUAGGCAACGAGAAGAAGUUAGGUCAGGAGAAGAAGUUAGGCAAGGAUAUGAAGGGAAUCAACGAGGAGAGCAGUGGGGAGAGGGAGCACGGGGAGAAGGCGAGCAAGGAGAGAGGGAAGCCGAAAGGAGACACGGCGAGGAGGGAGGCCGGGACUGCAAGGCAAAUGGUGCAGGCGAUUCCCCUCGAACCGGCGCUUCUUUGCUGGAACAAGAGAAGACGCCGCAACCUCUCGCGCGCGGACGCGACGGAAGCGAGAGAGAAACGGCGGAAGGCAGGCGACCAGAAGCGACGGCCGGCCUCAAGAUAAAUGCAGAGAGAACAGACGCAAGCUCGGGGACGGAAGCCCACGCGCCGGGCGAGGUGACGGAGUUACUCCUCGCUCUUCUCGCUGUGUGCCAAGGCGGCUACCGACUGGGGGCGGAUCUGGUGCGCGGCGUGCUCGAAGUCGUCUUGCGGAAGUGGGAAAGGGAGGAAGGAGACCUCGAGGCGCAGAGCCGGAGAGGCAAAUCGGUGACAGAGACUGACGAGGCGCGGUUGCUGGCGUCUCCCAUGUGUGGCGCUCCCUUUUCUUCGGCCCCGGAGUCCCCGACGACUCCGGCCGCCCGCGCGACUCCGGUUCCGGCCUCGACGCCUUCCGGUCCUUCGGCAUCCUGCCUGUCGAGGCGAGGAGCGCCGGCUUGCGGGGAAGAGAACAACGCUUCGCACGAGGGCGCAAGGCGAGAAACCCGCUUCUCGGGAGAGAUUUCAGGGACGCGCAGCGGCAGCCACCGAAGCGCAAAUCGCGCGCUUUCGUUUGGGCCAGACGCGAGCUGUGGAGGGCCUUCGCGCCAGUUUGUCGGCUUUUUUGAAGGCGUGAAUUCUUCCAGUCCCGCGAAUGAAAUUCUUUCUUCACCUGCCGAUUCCUCUCUUCCUUCCUGUCCAUUCUUCCCAUCCUCCUCCGCUUUCUCGUCCUCUACGCUUUCUUCACCUGCUCUUUCUUCUUCGUCCUCCCCGCUUUCUUCCUCUUCGUCCUUUCCGUCCGCUGCGGCUUCAGGGUCUUCCCGGUCGCUCGCUCCCCUCGAAGGCUUCGCUGCGGAAGCGGCGUUGCUGCUGAGACUCCUCCGUCUCCACAGCGAAGCGCCGUUCUCCCUGCCCGUCGCCUCGCCAUAUCAGGCGAUCUUCCAGUGUCUGUCCGCUGCUCUGGCGUUUCCACGCUCUCUGUCUUCGCGCCUCUCUCGCGGGGACGGCUUGGAGCACCUCGUCUUCGACGCGUGCCUGCGCCGUCUCCGACUCGAGGUUUCCCUAAAUCGCGAAAUGCAGAAGCCGGUUUCUCCCCCUCGCUCCGCCGCACCUCCUUCGCUUCUUCCCCAAUGUGGUGAUGCGUCUGCGGAGAAGGGAGACACCCUGCGAGGCUCUACGCCGGCUUUGACGCCCGACGCGAAUGAGGACGGCCCAUCUUUCUUCCCGCCAACUCGCUCUCUUCCGUGCGUUGCCCAGGAGGUCGUCCUUGCGCUGCUUCCGCAUUUCUACGCCAGUGCGCCGGAGACGCCAAUACGCUCGGGCUCGUCGCUUCCAGCUUCGCAGCCCCUGCCUUCCUUUGUCCUCUCCGGGUUCCGCCUUCUUCUUCUCUGUCUCCAGCUGUCUCUCCCUUCUCUAGCAUCGUCUCCUCCGUCCAGAGCUCUCUGUCCCUCUGCCGCUCCUCGUCCUCCUGCUUUCCCGCCGUCUCCUGCGUCGUCUUCUUCUCUUACGUCUCCUUCUCCUUCGUUUUCUUCUCCUUCCCCUUCUUCGUCUCCUUCUACUUCUCCUCGCAGUCAUCGGUCGUUCGUGUUUCUUCCCUCUCCGCUCCUCCAUGCUCUUUUUCUCUCGGAAGUUUUCUUUUCGGACUCCCCGUUCUUCCGUUCCCUUUUACCUUCCACACUUCACGCGUGCAUGCGGCAGUUGACGGACCAGGUGUAUGGACAGCUUGCGGAGAGAGAAGGCGCCGAAACACGAGAGCCGGAAAGGUCUGCGAAGGAAGAAGGAGCGGGGGAUGGAGCAAGCGUGGAGCGCCGGCAAGGCGAAGAAGAAGAGGGAAAGGAAACUCGGGCGAAACGAGCAAGGGCGAAGGAGACCAACGAGGGUGGGCUCCCCGCGGAGCGAGAAGACGAGAGUAACGCAGCCAAGGGAACAGGAGGCGUGAUAGAACCUGAACUGGAAGAACAAAAGGCCGCGGGCAGGGGAGACGCGAAUGGGAGGCCUCUGAAAGGAGAGGACUUUGAAGAGUCGUCAAGAAUGACGUGGCUGUUUGUCGGAGAGGGACAGGACCGUGAAUUCGAGAGCGAAGAUUCGCUCUGUAUGCGGAAACUCGCGGGCGAAGUCGAGGCGUGUUUAGCCGACCUCUUUUUCCGCUACAGACUCCGAGAACGAAGUGAACAAGGAAAGAAGAGACCCCAGCGCGACAAGGCGAGAAAGACUUCGACAGAGGUGUCCUUCCACAGCAGUCCGAAGCAAGACGCAGCUGGCGACUCUCCGGCGGGAGGCGACGACAGUGAAUGUCGGCCGUCGCCUGGACUGGGCGAUGCGUUUUCAUGGCUGUAUCCCUCACUCGUUUACCACGUUUCCGAGCCCGUUUCCGAGAUGCCCGCCUUCGCUGCGUCCACCUUUCCGUCCCGUUCUGUUUCUCGCGGACGGGGACACGAAGCGCUCGAGCAGCCAUCUCUUCCCGUCCGUUUUGCUCCUUCUUCUCUUCGCCACUUGCAGGCUGUCUUCCUGAGAAAAGAGGAAGAGAAACUCAAGACUUUGAGCGAAAUGGAAAGAGCCACAGCGACCGCGAGGACGCGCGAGCUCCCGGACUUUUUGUCUUCCGCUCGGAGAGGCGGUUUCCGUUUUUUCAAUCUCUCGACGACUCGAGGACGCGAGGAAGAAAACGAAAAGAAGGAAGAGACUGAAAAGGCGGAAGAGAAUGGAAAGACGGUAAGGCAAGGAACUCAGGGAGAGAAAGAAACGAAGGGAGACAACGCGGCCCUGUGUGUGGAGUCUAACGAGACCAGCGGGGCGCCUGUAGGAAAAGACGCGAACGCGGUCGUCGGUGUGUGUGUUCGGUCCAGGGACAAAGGCGGAACCUUUCCUUGGAAGCGAGGAAAGAAAACAGAAGAAGUCUUGACGGGGCGCGGUCACGAUCUGGAGUUGCGUGCAUCGAGGUGGGAGCACGAGGGGGGACAGGCGAACGGGGAAGCGUUUCUGUUCAGCAGAGACGACGGGGAGUGGAGAAGGAAGGAAGAGGCGAAAGAGAUGCGUUGGAGGGCGACACGAAGGGAGGCAGAUCAGGGACAUGAAGCGGGGAAAGGACGAGGAAUGGAGACAGGAGGCGAGUGGACACGUGCCGCAGACGCGGACGAGGAGACACGAGAGGGGCGAGAGACACAGGAGGCUGUCUCCGAGGAAGGAAUUCAGGAUGCAACAACGAUAGAAUGGAACAGGCACCAGAAGAGCGAGGCGAAGCUGUCAGGGAAAAGACACGCGACAGGGGGGGUGAAAGACGGGCGGGAAAAAGAGCAAGAAACAGAGCGACGGAAUGACGUUGGAGCGGAGACAGAUGGGGACAAAGGCCACGCAGAACUGGGCGAGUCACACAGGGGAGAUGAACGGCGCACGCCUGCAUUCAGACGGCGCAGGAGGAUACUGGGGAAGCAAAGCGACAGGCAUGACGAAAACGAGAAUGAGGCAGGAGAGACGGAUGAGGGAGGGGAGAACGCGAUUGAGACGAAGCCGAAAACGUUGUGGCAACGCGACGACGCGAGACCUUUUCAAAAGGAACGCGUAGGAAGGAGAAAACCGAAAGAAAUUCCUGCCUACUGGCUUCCUUCUCUCAAACCCACAGAGGCAAACUGGGAUCCUUUCUUCGACAACUUCAAAAAGUAG